UAAAGGAAAACCAUGCAUUUUCUAUUCACUUCCAAUUAUAAAUGCCAAACUGUUUCUUUAUCUUCCUUGGCUUCUUCUAGCUGUGUUUGUUGGAAUCCAAGUCUCAGCUUAAGUACUGAAGAAGUGGACAAGUUUAAAAUGAGUUCAUGCUGUGUAAGAAGCUCGUCAAUGAAGCUGGAAAAUAUAGAUGAGAAUGAUCCUCCAAGGUGGUUACAGUUGUCUUGCUCUCUUCCUGAAACUCCUACAGAAUCAAUGGAGUAUCUUGCCAGAUCAUGGAGCCUGUCAGCCAUGGAAAUCUCCAAAGCACUUUCCCAGACGCAUAUAGCAGCUUCCGAUGCCAUGUCAUCAUCGUCUUCUUCUGCUGGAAAUAUCGAAACAAAUUAUUCAAGCACCAGAAAUAUCGAAACAAAUUAUUCAAGCACCAAUGCUUCAAGGCAAUCCGUAAGAAUCAAGAUCUACAGGAGCAUUGAAAGAGGGAGAACUAUGGGGAAACGGUUGAAGGACCAGAAAGGGAGGAAGAAGCAAGAGAUUACAACACAUAAUGCACGACUUCAUGCAGCCAUGUCAGUGGCUGGAGUUGCAGCCGCCGUUGCGGCCUCUAAAGCGAUGUUAGCGGAAAUGGAAACCAUGUCGUCUAAAGUAUCGACUGCCAUCGCAUCGGCAGCCGCUCUCGUUGCUUCUCACAGCAUUGAGAUUGCAGAGGACAUGGGAGCUGAUCAUGACCAAAUGCUAACAGUGGUCAACUCUACAAUGAACGCAAUAACAAGUUGUGAUAUAAUGACCCUAACAGCCGGAGCAGCCACAGCCUUGCGAGGAGCUGCAGCCUUAAGGGCAAGGCUGCAAAAGACUGAAACUUUAGCUUUGGGUGAAGACGGCAAUGGCCAGACAACAGCAGUGAACUUUGUUGCAACCGGGGGAGAACUACUCAAGCGCACAAGGAAAGGAGCUUUACAUUGGAAGCAAGUUCCUUUCUAUAUAAACUCCAACUGUCAGGUGGUUGUUAAACUGAAAAGCAAGCACAUGGGAGGCACGUACACGAAAAAAAAGAAGUGUGAGAUCUUGGGAGUUCAUGAUGGCAUCCCGGCAUGGCCGAGAAGGGAGAAAGAAGACAAUGCUGAAGAGAGAGCUUAUUUUGGGAUUAAAACUGCAGAGAGGGUAAUAGAAUUCGAGUGCAGGAGUAGAAGUGACAAACAGAUGUGGACGAAUGGGAUUAGAUAUAUGUUGGCUUAUCGUAAAAAUAUGGCAUAUUUCUGAGACAGACUUGUUUGGAUUGAUGGAAAAUGCUAGAUUUUCAUUUCUGUAAAGUAAUCAUGUUGAAAUUGCAUGUCUGAUUCCUCAGUCACAUAGCUGAGGGAGGUCAUUGGAAU